GAGAUCAUAACCUGAGCCAAAGUCAGACGCUUAACCAACUCAACCACCCAGGCACCCUUCGAAAGUAGUUCCUUUCAACGUUGCCAUGUUUUUCGGUGAGGAGACUGUGGGUUUUGAGAGAUGGCUUGCCCAAGACUGAUCCACAGACUUUUUACUUUAUGGCACCUCUCCAGCACAGGCUAGAGAGCCACACGGGGCGGGGACAGGGGAAGUUGAGGAAGGGAUUCUAGGAUCAGAAGGGAAACUCUAUCAGAUGACUUUGAAGGACUCCCUUCCUGAGACCGACUGAUUUUUUCCUAAGGCAGAAUUCCUGUCACCUGCUCCAACAGGUCAGAGCCAGGCAGAGGCUGGGGUGACUAGUAGGAGGUGAACAGAGCCAUAUUCCAACCCCAGUUUCCUGCCCCUGCCUUUCUGUGACUCCUUAGAAUCAGGCUUAGGAACCUCCGUCUCCCCCCCCCCCCCCCCAACCACCACCCUUCAAAGAGCAGAAAAAGGAAAUGAGCAGACUUGACAGUGUGGAGCUGUGGCCACAGGGUGGCAGCAGUGCCUCACUGCAGAGGAUGGCUCCAGAAGCCCAGGUGAGGUGGGUCCUAAGCAGCGCUCUCUAGUGUGAAGACAGGAUCAGUCUGCAGAGAUUUGAAGCAAUCCCCACUGUGUGGGCUCUGAAACCUUGUAGUCUCCUUCUGUAUCCCACUUUUCUGUCCACAAGCAAAUCUCAGAAUAGUGAUCCCAUUUUCAACCCUCCCAAGAGCCAUGUAGGCAAGGGUGUGAAUGGUCUGGAUGACCCCAGCUGCAGCCACAGUCACGGCAAGGAUCAGGCUCCGUCAUUCUGGCUAAUUCUAACCCUGGCUCUUAGUUCCUCCCUCUGUCCCGGGACAUAAUGCCUAGCCCUUCUUUAGAAGACUUCCUCUAUGCUUUUAUUCUCUAAGGAAGGAAAGAGGAGGUGAUCAAUUGGCGCUCUCCAGCCUAUUGAGAAAUCGGGGGUUCUUGAAGGCCCCCCAGGGCCUGGCUCUGACAACACAUCUGCAAUUAAUGAUGCUUCUUGAGCUCUGGAGACAGGAUUUAUGCAUCUAAUAAAGUCUCUAACUCCAGGCUUAGGGGUUGGGGGCCGGAGGCUGGGAGCAGGAAGUCCCAGGGGUGCCAUGGGAGGGGGUCCCAGGCGGCUCCUAAUGGAGCCGUGCGUUUCCAUUGCCUGCUCUAGAUCCCCCCUCAGGCUGCUGUGGGGUGGGGGCCGGAGCACAGCAGGUAUAAGAGGCGGGUAUAGCUGCAGGAGGGCAGAUGGCAGGAUGGAUUCCAGGCGGGCAGCGGUGCUGCUGCUGGUGCUGCUGCUAACAGACUGGGGCUGUGCUGAAGGACCAGGGGGCCAAGACGAAGGACGGCAGAUCUUCGUGGAGGAAGACAGCAGGCCCCGCCCGCUGCAGGAGGCCCAGACCCCUGGGUCAUUCCUGCACUCCCUGCUCCAGGCCAUGCAGAGACCCGGCCGAAGCUCAGCCUUUCGGUUUCAGCCCCAGAGGUUUGGCAGAAACACCCGGGGCUCCUGGAGCAGCGAGCAGUUGGGUCCCCGAGCCGGGGAGGAGCUCAGCGCCCCGUUCUGGAGCCUGGCUGCCCCUCAGCGCUUUGGGAAGAAGUGACACAUCAUCCCUUGAUAUGUUUGCGUGCAAGGCUCACAACUGAAAGUGCCGCAUCUCCCUUACCCCCCUCCCACUCCCCCCUCACCCCCCAA